AUGGGUGAAUUCGACCUCGAAAAGACCGCCAGCGUCAAACCUGCCUCGAGCAAUGGUUCGCGGUCCGAGUCCGACUCGGACGCCGCUCGUCUCGCGGAGAUGGGCUACUCCCAGGACCUGAACCGGAAUUUCAACAUCCUGUCGCUGGUCGGCAUUGCUUUCUGCAUGUCAAAUUCCUGGUUCGGUAUCUCUGCUUCUAUGAUCACCGGUAUUAACUCUGGGGGUACGGUGCUGAUCAUCUAUGGUCUGUUGUGGAUCACGUUCAUCUCGCUGGGUGUCGGUGCCUCGCUCUCCGAGCUGGCCAGUUCCAUGCCCAAUGCCGGUGGCCAGUACUUCUGGGCCUUUGAAUUGGCUCCGCGUAAGUACGCUCACUUUGCCUCCUACCUCAGCGGCUGGUUUGGCUAUGCGGGUGCUAUCUUCGCGUGUUCCAGUGUCGUGCUGGGUCUUGGCCAGGCUGCUGUGGGCAUGUGGCAAUUGGGUCACCCUGACUUUGUUAUCGAGGCGUGGCAUGUUGUUCUUGCAUACCAGUUGAUCAACUUCUUCUGCUUUUUGUUCAACUGCGUUGGCAAGGUACUGCCUCUCGUGGCCAAGUGCACUCUGUACAUCUCCCUGAUUUCCUUCUUGGUCAUCCUGGUUACAGUUCCGGCCUGUGCCCGCCCUCAUGCCAGUGCGAGCUACGUGUUCGGUCACUUUGUCAACUCCACCGGCUGGGAGUCUGACGGCAUGGCGUUCAUUGUCGGGCUGAUCAACCCGAAUUGGAUUUUCGCUUGUUUGGACUCUGCGACCCAUCUGGCGGAAGAAGUCCCCCACCCGGAGAGAAACAUUCCCAUUGCCAUCAUGGCCACUGUCGCUAUUGGCUUUGUCACUUCAUGGACUUACUGUAUCUCUAUGUUCUUUGGCAUCAAGGACCUGGACGAGCUGAUCAACUCGUCCACCGGUGUUCCCAUCCUGCAGCUAUAUUAUCAAGCUCUCGACAACAAGGCCGGCGCAAUCGUCCUUGAAACUCUUCUCCUGGUGACUGGAAUGGGAUGUCAAAUCGCAUGCCACACCUGGCAAUCCCGUCUGGCGUGGGCGUUUUCCCGUGACCGCGGAAUGCCCGGCCACCAGUGGUUGUCGCGGGUGAACCCUACCCUGGAUGUACCCCUGUAUGCGCACUCGGUCAGCUGCUUCAUUGUCGGCCUUCUUGGUCUGCUGUACCUUGGUUCCACCACUGCAUUCAACAGCAUGAUGACUGCUUGUAUCUCUCUGUUGUAUGUCUCGUACUCGAUCCCAAUCUUGUGCCUGUGGUACCGCGGCCGCGACAACAUCCAUCAUGGUCCCUUUUGGCUCGGCAAGUUUGGUCUGGCUGCCAACAUCAUCACCAUCACCUGGACGAUCUUCUGUAUCGUCAUGUACUCUUUCCCCUCGACCAUGCCUGUUCACACCGGAAAUAUGAACUAUGUCUCGGCUGUUUACGGCGUGGUGGUCUUCAUCAUGCUUGUCGAUUGGUUUGCUCGUGGCAAGCACUCUUUCAAGCGCGAUGAAGCGACUGAGGAAAAGAUUGAAAUUUCCCAGUAA